AUGGCCAACCAGACCAAUGCCUCUACCGCAUACGACAGCUACGAAUACUACCUGGACUACCUGGACCUCAUUCCCGUGGAUGAGAAGAAGCUGAAGGCCAGCAAACAUUCGAUCGUCAUCGCCUUCUGGGUGAGCCUGGCAGCUUUCGUGGUCUUCCUGUUCCUGCUGCUUCUGUCCAUGUCCUGGCCAGCCUCCCCGCAGACGAGGAAAAGGGAAAGCCCCAAGCACCACCCAACGUGCCCCUGGAGUCUCGGCCUCAACCUCCCCUUCUGUGUCUGGAAGCAACCCCAGCACCACGGGGCCCCCCAGGGGACCCCGCCGCCUCUACCGAGCUCGGUCGAGGAACCAGGUGGCAGAGCGUUGGGCCCCGUCCAGCAGCUGCAGCAGGAGAGUCCCUCCACCUCGGCCCCCUUCCACCCCCCAGGGCCACCCUGCUCUCCUCUGGGAACUGGCCCUCGAUGGGGACCUGCACGGCACCAGCUGAUGUCAGGAACUUCAAGCCCAGUGAGCCUCCCCUGCAGACAGAACCUCUCGACAGUAGAACCAACAACCCAAACCAGGGCCAUUGCUGAGUGA